AUGUCUCUCCAAACACCCCUAUGCUCGCUCCUGAAGAUCCAACACCCAGUCCUGCUAGCAGGUAUGGCCCGUGCCUCUGGUGCCCCUCUCGCUGCCGCAGUCUCAAACGCAGGAGGUCUGGGUACUGUAGGCGGACUAGGUUACACACCCGAGCAACUAUCCGAGAUGUUAACGGAGUUAAAAUCACUCCUCCGCGACCCAUCUCUACCAUUCGGUGUUGAUCUCGCUCUUCCUCAAGUUGGAGGUGGUGCUCGUGCCACAAAUCACGAUUACACACACGGACAACUAGACGAGCUUGUGGAGGUUGCCAUCUCCCACGGUGCGAAACUCUUCGUCUCGGCUGUUGGGGUGCCACCUGAGAAAGUGAUCAAAAGAUUACAUGAGGCUGGAUUGCUCGUUAUGAAUAUGGUUGGUGCACCCAAACACGCUGAGAAGGCCUUACAGCGCGGUGUGGAUAUUGUUUGUGCCCAGGGUGGUGAGGGUGGAGGUCAUACGGGUGAUAUCCCGUUCUCCGUGCUUAUUCCUGCCGUUGUGGAUGUUGCGCGUCGCUAUAAGAGUCCGAUGACGGGACAACCGGCACUGGUUGUUGCGGCUGGUGGUAUUAACGAUGGCCGUAGUCUUGCGGCCUCGUUGAUGCUGGGAGCUGCGGGUGUCUGGGUUGGGACUCGGUUUGUGGCGUCGGAGGAGAGUGGUGCGAGUCGGUUGCAUAAGGAAGCAGUUGUUGGGGCACAGUAUGGUGAGACUAAGAGGACGCUGGUUGUUUCUGGACGGCCAUUGCGUAUGCUGCCCAAUGACUAUGUCAAGGAGUGGGAGAGUCGGCCUGCUGAUAUUGCGGAGUUGACUGCCAAGGGAAUCGUGCCAAUGAUGCAUGAUUUGGAGAAUGAGAAAGAUAUCGAUAUGCCUUUCUUGAUGGGUGAUGUUUCAGCUAGUGUCAAGGCUAUCCAACCGGCUGGUGUCAUUGUUAAGGAGAUGGUGCAGCAGGCUGUGGAUGUUCUUAGAACCGGGAACUCAUAUAUCACCGGAGCUAGACAGGCGAGCAAGCUAUAG